GACGUCACGGCGCUGGAGAGAGGGAGAGGAGGCGAUGUGAGGAAGCUGCAAUAAACACACAGGGCGUCUGCGCCUAUCUAAGUAGGACAAUAAAGUGAAAACGGCAUCAAUGCUCUAACAAUGGAUUUGUCACAUACCCUUCUCCUUAAAGUUUUCCUCUUCGUGUACUUGCUAAACUACACCCAAGGACACUAUAGAAAUCCCCUGAACAAGUACAUCCGCCACUAUGAAGGCCUGUCCUAUGACACAGAGCUUGUGCACAGCAAGCAUCAGAGGGCCAAGAGGGCACUCUCUCAUGAAGACAAGUACCUGCAUUUAGAUUUUCAUGCCCAUGGAAGGCACUUUAAUUUACGAAUGAAGAGAGAUACCACCUUGUUUUCCCCAGAUUUGAAGGUAGAUGUUUCAGGUGAAGAGAUUCCAUAUGAUACCUCUCACAUCUACACUGGAGAAAUCUUUGGCGAGAAAGGCACAUUGACUCAUGGCUCCAUUGUGGAUGGUAAAUUUGAGGGUUUUAUUCAGAGCUACCAUGGCACUUACUACGUGGAGCCUGCGGAGAGAUACCUUGAGGACAAGGACGUGCCCUUCCACUCUGUCAUCUACCAUGAAGAUGACAUACACUACCCGCACAAGUAUGGCCCAGAGGGAGGCUGUGCCGAUAGCUCUGUGUUUGAAAAGAUGAAGAAAUACCAAACCUCUGCCGUGGAGCAGCCCCCUAAGGAAGUCCACAGUGAUCUGGACACCCAGCUGCUGAGGAAGAAGAGGAUGGCCCAGGCUGAGAAAAACACAUGUCAGCUUUUUAUUCAGACCGACCACCUCUUCUUCAAGUAUUACAAGAGCAGAGAAGCUGUCAUAGCGCAGAUCUCCAGUCAUGUGAAGGCCAUUGAUGCCAUUUAUCAAGGCACAGACUUCAUGGGCAUUCGUAACAUCAGUUUCAUGGUGAAACGGAUCCGGAUAAACACCACCAAUGAUGAGAGGGACAAGUCCAACCCAUUCCGCUUUGCCAACAUUGGUGUGGAGAAGUUUUUGGAGCUGAACUCGGAGCAGAACCACGACGACUACUGCUUGGCUUAUGUUUUCACUGACAGAGAUUUUGACGAUGGGGUGCUGGGUUUAGCCUGGGUGGGAGCGCCCUCAGGGAGCUCUGGAGGCAUCUGUGAAAAAAGCAAGCUGUACUCAGACGGAAAAAAGAAGUCUCUCAACACUGGUAUAAUCACUGUACAGAACUACGCCUCCCACGUACCUCCGAAAGUCUCCCAUAUCACUUUUGCACACGAAGUAGGCCACAACUUUGGCUCCCCGCAUGACUCUGGAUCUGAGUGCACACCAGGGGAAUCCAAAAGCCAAGACAAGAAGGAGAAGGGCAAUUAUAUCAUGUAUGCAAGGGCUACAUCUGGAGACAAGCUUAACAACAACAAGUUCUCCCUCUGCAGCAUUCGCAACAUCAGCCAGGUGCUGGAAAAAAAGAGGAACAACUGCUUCGUCGAGUCUGGCCAGCCCAUCUGUGGUAAUGGUAUGGUGGAGCCUGGUGAGCAGUGCGAUUGUGGCUACAGCGAUCAGUGCAAGGACAAGUGCUGCCAUGAUGCCAACCAGCCUGACAACAAGAAGUGCACAUUAAAGGACCAUACAGUCUGCAGUCCCAGCCAGGGUCCUUGUUGUACAAGCGAAUGCAUUUACAAGGCUCGCGGUGACAAGUGCCGAGAGGAGUCGGAGUGCGCUCACCAUGGCGUGUGUAAGGGCGACAGCGCCCAGUGCCCCACGUCGGAGCCCAAGGCCAACUUCACCGCCUGCCACGGAGAGACUCAAGUCUGCCUCAACGGGGGCUGCUCCGGCUCCAUCUGUGAGAAGUACGGGCUCGAGGCGUGUACCUGUGCCAGCCAAGAUGGCAAGGAUGAGACCGAGCUUUGCCACGUGUGCUGCAUGGAGAAAACAAAUCCCAGCACAUGCAGCAGCACAGGAUCAGAGCGCCUGGCUCGUUUCUUCAAUAAAAAAGUCACCACGUUGCCAGCUGGCUCGCCUUGCAAUGACUUUAAGGGCUACUGCGAUGUGUUCAUGAAGUGCCGAUUGGUGGACGCAGAUGGGCCACUUGCCAGACUAAAGAAGGCCAUCUUUAACCCUGAGCUGUAUGAGAACAUCGCCGAGUGGAUUGUGGCUUACUGGUGGGCAGUGCUCUUGAUGGGUAUCGCCCUCAUCUUGCUUAUGGCUGGUUUCAUUAAGAUCUGUAGUGUGCAUACUCCCAGCAGCAACCCCAAACUUCCACCACCCAAACCACUUCCAGGGACUUUGAAAAGACGACGAGCGCAGCAGCAUGCUAGCUCUCAGGUGCAGCAUCAGUCCCAGCACCCGCACGGCCACAGCGGACACGGGGGCCACGGCGGCCAGCGGCAGGCACAGAGGCAGCCUCAGCGCCAGGCACAGCCCCAGAGGCACCACCGUCAGCCCAGAGAGAACUAUCAGAUGGGCCAGAUGAGACGCUGAGACCCUGCACCCAGCUCCCCCUGCUCCCCCCCCAAUGCCUUGGCUCCUCCUUGUGCCUACAGAGGGAAACAAAAGCGUCACUCCAUCCAAAGAAACGCCUGACAUGGUUGUUAGUCAUCAUCAUAUCCUCCAACUACAGACAAAACAAGACACGCGAAAAAGAGAAAACGCUAUUCAGCAACUCGAUUGGCUCUUUGUGGAGGGGACUUGACCAUCAGCCAUUUCCACUGCAGUGCGAUCUAGCAAAUUUUUUUUCCCCAUCGUUUUUUCUUUUUUUUUUCUUUAAGGAGUGCCAAGGAGUUAAGGAAUCAUUUGUAGCUUUAGUUCAUUCUGUGGUUUGUUUUGUUUUUCUUUUUUCUUCAUCUGCAACAUCUUCUUGAGUGACAGGCUCGUAGCUGCUGGUGAACUCUUUUUUUUUUUUUUUUUUUCGUUCUUUUGUUUUUGUCAUCUUAGCCAGGAAUGAGAGACACUCAGUGGGGAUUUGCGGCACUUUUGUGAUUUCACACAUGUCAAACGGCAAAAGACACAGGCUCCGGUCUCUCGUGCAGACGGUCUUCUGCAUGUGAUUGUAAAUAUUUAGUGUAUCAUAAGUGAAAACAAACUAUUUCUUCUACUGUAAAUGUGUAAUUCUUCAUUUUUAUUUUUUUUUUUGUUUUCUUUAAUUUUUUGGUUAGUGCUCUCAGGAUUCUUAACACAUAAAUGAAAGAAUGACAGUUGUGGUGAGUUCCUUGGAUGCUGCCAUUGAGGAUUUGACGCCAUCGAGUUCUCUCAGCAGUCCAAUCAGGUGGAUCUCUCUCACUUUCAUGAACUCGCUAGGUUUUGAUUUGCUUUUCUUUGAACAACAAGGUCGCCAUAUCCCACGUUUUAGGCCUUCUCUGUUCAAGGUCCCUUUAUUUCACCUUUUUUUUUUUUUUAAAUUGUCUCGCUAACAUCAUGUCUUGCCCCUGUUGUACAACAAACUGGACGAGGUCAGAAACAGAAGGAGAAAUCGCCUAGUUUGGUGCAACCGUUUACUGUCUGUUUGUUUGUUUCUUUGUUUGUUUUUAAUAAUAAUGAAGAACGAAUAACCACUAACUGAAGCUGAUGUUGAUCCUGCCUGUUCAGAUAUGAAGUCGAGGUGAAGAGUGAAGGCUGCUGUGGCGUAGUGUAGAAGUGAGAGUGUAUCAUGUUACAGAGUUAGUUUACAUGAGUGUGGAAAUAAAUUUUAAAAAUGACUUAAAAAAAAAAGAUGGAAUCAUUCUAUUAUUCUUCAGAUAGCGAAACUAAGAAGUUUUUAAUGUGGGCAUGCAGACACAUUUAUUAAAUGUGACUAUUAAUUGACCAAGGUUUGUAAUGUUUGUAUGUCACUCAACACGAUUUACUUUGGGGCCCCGGAGCGAGCGGUGUAACGCAGCAGUGUUGUCACAUUUAUUCACCAACACGUCCCUCAGCGGGGUCACUGCUUCCACGGCAAACGAGCUUCUGGUCCAAUCUCUCAUCUCAAGGACUGAAUUCCCCUUAAGAGCUCAUGAGUGCAGGCCUCAGAGUUUACAUGAGCGUGCCAUAGAACUUUUACGGAGCAGUGCACAGGUUUUCCUAAAAUCCAGGAAGCACCUGCGAGGUUUCCACUUUAAAGAGAAUGAAAUGAAGGCUGUGCGAUUCGACCUCAGGUGUUUUCUUCCUCUCUUCGCUGCACCAAAGGGGCAUCUUGGAAAACCAAGUUAAUCACAACACUCACUGGAAGGAUUUGAUCAUGUAAUCAUGACAUAGUGUGUUAAAGUCCUGUCAUUUCAUUUACCAGGCAGACAUUUGGCCCGACGGGAUGCUCCAGCAACGACGCGUUGCAGAUUUUUUAAUUUUUUUUUGCAUUAAAUGCUGUGGGAGGACUUUCUGUGCUCUGACUUCAUUUUUAUCGUGGCAUUAUGGCUAUACUUUAAAUGCAUGCGGUACUAAUCAUAACUAAUAUCUAUCUGGUCAUUACAGCCACACAUGUGCUCUGGAGGGGACGCGACAAACAUAAUGACACCUCACGGUUUUCCGUUCACGCGGCAGAUGAAUCGAGCGGGUCGACGGGGUGUUUUUUGUUUUUUUGUUUUGUUUUUCCUUUUCUCUGUACAAAAAUUGAGCUCUUUUUAAAUCUGAUCUCCUGAGCCACGUCUCACCUGUCAGGGCCCGGAGAACUGAACCUGUAAACUUGUACAGUACUUGGGAAAAAAAUCGAAUAAAAUUUGCGUUUCAUUUGAAAAAUGAGAAUUACAUUUUUGAUACAUCGGUUUAAUUUCUUUUUUGUAUCCUAAUUCCAGAGUAAGUUGUUUUAAAGAUGUUCAUAUGUGACAAACUUUCCUCUCUUCUAAGUUAUUUUCUGUUCUUAUAUGUGCUAGUUGAACUGGAGUUUGCUUACGAUACUUUUCUCCACCGUCAUCAAUGCUUAAAAACAAUUCAGUGUGAUGGAGUCAAUGUUACAUUCUCAUUUUUGUCUUUGUUAUCCUGUGGCAUGGUUUGGGUAGAAGAGCAGAAGAAUAAUGCCUGUAAAUUUCCUUUCUUUUUAAUUUCGUAGUCUUGGUAAAGUUUUUAAAUAAACGUGCACUGAAAAAUGUCCAAAUUGAGUUGAAAAUGUUGUAGGUGACGUAGGCCGAAAGAACACAUGAUUAAAAAGUAAUACUACUGUCUGAUUUUAAUGUUCACUGUGUUUUAUACAGUAUCGGAAAUUUUUGUUCACUUUGAACAUUUUUACUAAAAAAAAAACAACAAAAAAAAAAAUUCAAAUUGUAUUGUGCAAAGAGAUGUAAUUUUUUGGAGUACUUGAAAUGCAUUAAUUAAAAGACUCAUUCAAAAUAAAAUAGA